AGGUUAUGGCCGAACAUACUUCUCCUGCACAUCAGCACACACCUGCACUGGUGACGGGACAGCAAUGGUUAACAGAGCUGGUCUUGCCAAUGAAGAUAUGGAGUUUAUUCAGUUCCACCCUACAGGUAUCUAUGGAGCAGGAUGUCUGAUUACCGAAGGAUGUCGAGGAGAAGGUGGCUUCCUAGUCAACUCAGAGGGAGAGAGGUACAUGGAGAGGUAUGCUCCAAAUGCUAAAGAUCUGGCUUCCAGGGAUGUUGUCUCCAGGGCCAGCACAAUUGAAAUCAGAGAAGGAAGAGGUGUUGGCAAGGACAAGGACCAUGUUUUCCUCCAGCUGCACCAUUUGGACCCUGAGGUUUUGCACACACGGUUGCCAGGUAUCUCAGAGACAGCCAUGAUCUUUGCUGGAGUCGAUGUGACUCGGGAGCCUAUACCAGUCCUUCCUACAGUACACUACAACAUGGGCGGUAUCCCCACAAACUACAAGGGUCAGGUGAUUCGUUAUACAAAGGACAAAGGUGAUGAGGUAGUUCCUGGCUUGUAUGCUGCAGGUGAAUCUGCGUGUGCCAGCGUUCAUGGAGCCAACCGCCUGGGAGCCAACUCUCUGCUGGAUCUGGUUGUGUUUGGCCGUGCUUGUGCCAACACAGUCGCAGAGGAGAACACUCCAGGGGAGAAGAUAGGACCAAUCAGACAAAAUGCAGGAGAAGAAUCGGUUGCUAAUCUGGAUCGUCUGAGGUAUGCAGAUGGGAAAACUACAACUGCAGAACUGAGACUUCAGAUGCAGAAGACCAUGCAGACUCAUGCAGGAGUGUUCCGUGAUGGGCCCAGUCUGAAGGAGGGAUGUGACAAAAUGGCCACAGUCUACCAGGGCAUGGAUGACUUAAAGGUGACCGACCGCGGUCUCAUUUGGAACUCAGACCUCGUUGAGACACUGGAGCUGCAGAAUUUGAUGAUCAAUGCUGUACAGACGAUUGUCAGUGCCGAAUCUCGCAAGGAGAGCAGAGGAGCUCAUAGCAGGGAGGAUUUCCGUAAACGUGUUGAUGAGUACGACUUCACCAAGCCAUUAGAGGGCCAGACAAAGCUGCCCAUAGAACAGCACUGGAGGAAGCAUACUUUAUCUUACGUGGACCCCAAGACUGGAAAAGUAACACUUGACUACCGCCCAGUUAUUGACACAACACUCAGCCAGGAGGAGUGUCCACAGGUGCCUCCAGCUAUCAGGAGCUACUGA